GAUCAUAACCUCCUUUCAAAAAAUUUCUUCCCUUCUUUUCGUGGCUAAAAAGCGCGGGGCGAAACCAACAUGCCGAUUGUUGACAACGAAAUAAAAUUGGACUUUAAAGAUGUCCUCAUCCGGCCAAAGAGAAGUACUAUGAAGAGCCGUGCCGAUGUUGAUCUUGCCAGGAAAUUUGCUUUCAGGCAUGCAAAAAAAAAUUUUCCAGAAGAUGUUAUACCUGUUAUUGCAGCAAAUAUGGAUACUGUUGGCACAUUUGAAAUGGCAGCUGUUCUUGCAAAGCACAAGCUUUUAACUGCAAUACACAAACAUUACUCUGUCGAGGAAUGGAGGAAAUUUGCAACUGCUCACGAGAGCUACCUGCCAUAUUUGGCUGUAAGUGCAGGAAUGGUGAAGAAAGAUAGUGAAACAAUGGAUCAAAUCCUUCAAGAAUUCCCACAAAUACCUGCAAUAUGUCUUGAUGUGGCUAAUGGUUAUUCUGAACAUUUUGUUGAAUUUGUCAAGGAAAUAAGAGAGAAACACCCAGAGCACAUUAUUAUUGCUGGGAACGUAGUGACUGGUGAAAUGGUCGAGCAGCUCAUUUUAUGUGGUGCUGACAUAAUCAAAGUUGGCAUUGGUCCAGGGUCUGUAUGCACAACAAGAUCAAAAACAGGAGUUGGUUAUCCACAAGUAAGCGCUGUUUUGGAAUGUGCAGAUGCUGCCCAUGGUCUGAAGGGACAUAUCAUAUCUGAUGGUGGCUGCACUUGUCCAGGGGAUAUUGCCAAGGCUUUUGGUGCUGGGGCAGAUUUUGUCAUGCUCGGGGGCAUGUUUGCUGGGCAUGAUGAAUCUGGGGGUGAGUUGGUGGAACGAGAUGGAAGAAUGAUGAAAAUAUUUUAUGGCAUGAGCUCAUCCACUGCUAUGAAGAAGCAUGUUGGAGGUGUGGCAGAAUAUAGAUCUUCAGAAGGGAAGACGGUAGAGAUCCCUUACAGAGGAAAAGCGAAAGACACGAUUCUAGACAUACUUGGGGGCCUAAGGUCGGCCUGCACAUAUGUUGGAGCUGAAAAACUGAAAGAGCUGCCCAGGAGAACAACCUUCAUCAGAGUCACCCAGCAGCUCAACCCUGUAUUCAGUAAAAGCUAAAGUUCCAAAUUGAUGUCUCCUAGAACUGAGUUUUUUAAAAAUGAAAACAAAUUGCAUUGAAAACAUUA